GUUACGUCAAAAGUGGUCUUGUUAGGUUAUUUAUACUUCCCUAAUCUUUAAUAUUCUUUCAACUCAUCUCGUAAAAUUUUAUCAGCAUAUUAAUAAUGGAAAAGAAUUUAUCUAAAGAUGCUGCAAACAAAGAUUUGGAUUGGGUAACAAUAAAAGAUGUUUCAAUUAAAGAAUUUCCAAUUGGGAGUAUACCUGAAAGUACAAAGGACAAAUUUUUUCGUAAAAUGAAAGAAAAUCCUUUUGUACCAAUAGGUUCGCUUGCCACAGUAUCCGCACUUGUUUAUGGAUUAUACAACUUUGUGCAAGGAAAUUCACAAAUGUCGCAGUAUAUGAUGCGUACAAGAGUUGCUGCCCAAGCUUUUACUUUCAUUGCUAUAACUACUGGUUUUAUUCUAGCACAGAAGAAACUCAAUGCUAAAAAUACAGAUAACAAAGUAACAUAAACAAAAUCUUUUAAGUUGAAUCAAUUUUUAGCACAAGUUGAAUAGUAAUGUAUAAAUUUAAACUUAUCAAUGUCUUGUAAAUUCAUAUCUUUAAAAAAUCUAUUUCUACCAAUAAAAAAAUAGUAUAUUACUCACCUAGGGAAGUAAAGUAAGAAAUGUCUCAGAGUACAUGUAAUUGUUGGCCUCAGUCGAGUAUACUUUUUUCUGCUCGACGUAGGUGGAAAGCGGCAACUUCGUUUUGCACAGCGGGAUAAAAGUUGACGCUUUUCGCUCGGAAAGAAGAAAAAACUAUUUAAAAAAUAUCUUUGCUUAGAAUUAAACAAGAUAUUAUUAGCAAAAAAACAAAUUAUUCAAAAUAUAAUACUUUAUCAACAGAAACAAAAAUAAGAAUAAUUUAAUUGA